CCCAAGCCGCACGCCGGAGGAGGAGGCCGCGAGUGGAGUGGCGGCGCCAACUCCGUCUCCGGGAGGAGCGACGGCGGUGCGGCUCUCUUUCCGGGGAGGGGAGGAGCGACGUCGGCGCAGCGAGUGAAGCGGCGGCGAGGAGCAACGUCAGGAUCUCUGUGCUCCCGCCGGCGCAAUCCCAGGUUCCUCAUGUCGAUGUUCACCGGUGUGUCCAUCGUCGAUGGCGACAAGCAGAGCUCCUGCGACACGUCGGCCAUCUACGCUGGUGAUGCGGACAGCGGGUACCACCUGCUCAUGGUCCGGGGCUACUUGCGCACCAAAGAGGAGUUACCCACGGGCGAGAGUGCCCGCACCGGUCUUUUCACAAUGGGAGGACAUGAUUGGUACGUCGAGUACUACCCCAACGGCAUAAACAAGGACUGCGCUGACUUCAUCUCUCUUGAUGUUACCCUUCUCUUUGAUGACGACGACGAUCCUUUCGACAUGGUUGUGGAGGCCAAGGUCAGUUUCAGUCUCAUCGACCAGGUUGGGAAGCAGAAUCUGAUGUACAUUUGUCAAGUUAGAAAGACCAGCACCUUCUCAAGCAGUGCUAUUUGCUGGGGUUGUGACAAGUUUGUGAGAAGGGACGCCCUCGAACGAUCAUCUGAUCUAAAGGGUGAUUGUUUCACCAUCCGGUGCGACAUCAUGGUCGUCCGCAAGGAUUCCAAAAGUCAGGACGCCCUGGCUGACAUGAACCAGCAUUUUAGCAAUCUCCUUCAAACCAAGGUGGGUGCAGACGUGACAUUCGAGGUCAGCGGUGAGAGGUUUGCUGCACACCGGUGUGUGCUUGCGGCCAGGUCUAAGGUCUUCAUGGCACAGCUAUUUGGCCCCAUGAAGGAGACGUCCACCGUUAUACAGAUCAAAGACAUGGAAGCAACGGUGUUCAGGGCUUUGCUUAUCUUCAUCUACACAGAUAUAUUCCCAUUGAGAGAGGAGGAAAUCAUGGAGGAGGAUGAAAUGUCAGGAGUUAUGGAAGAGGGACAAGAAGACAAGCCAGCAAAGGAUGAAAUGACGCUGCAAUAUCUGCAAAACAUGUUUGUGGCAGCAGACAGGUUCGAUCUCCAGCGGCUCAAGUUCAUCUGUGAAAAGCGCUUGUCUGAACACAUAGGUGUGAGCUCGGUGAUGUACACUCUUGCUCUAGCCGAGCAGCACCAAUGCCAGGGAUUGAAGGAGGCGUGCUUGAAGUUUAUGCAAGUCCAGUCCCCCUCGUGCUUGCAACAAGUAAUGGCAACUAAUGGGUGGGAUCAUGUAGUUUCGACCUAUCCCUCGGUUUUGAAGGAGAUCAUUGCCAAGAUUGCUUUGAACCGGUGCAAGUAGUAACACUACGUAUCUGGUAUGCAUCUUCCUUAGACCUGUAGUGGCGCUCUUAUGCAUAUAUGGGAUCCUAGAGAGAUGGUAGGUAGUCUGUGCGUCUUGCUUUUGUUCUCGUCAGGUAAUGUGUCUGUAUGCUGAACCAGAAAAAUCCAACUUAUGGCCAAAUUGUCUCUGUGAAAUGGGUGGUCUGUAUGUACAUUCAGGUGUGAGCAUCAAAAUCGCUGUACUAUGCAAGUUCCUUAAUUAGCUAGUCGUUUAAUCCUCGUA